AUGGCAAUGGGUGGAAAAUGGUUAACAAAAGAUAUGGUACCAGAAACAGGAAAAAAGUCAAAUGAGUGUGAUAUCUGUGGUAAAUCAUUUGCACACAGAAACUAUUUAUCUGCUCACAAACGUAUUCAUACAGGGGAGAAGCCACAUCAGUGUAAUAUUUGUGGUAAAUCAUUUAUUUCAACUGGUCACUUAACUACUCAUAUACGUACUCAUACAGGGGAGAAGCCAUAUCACUGUGAUAUCUGUGGUAAAUCAUUUGCUCGGAGUCAUCAGUUGACUGUACAUAAAUACAUUCAUACAGGAGGGCAGCCAUUUCAUUGUGAUAUCUGUGGUAAAUCUAUAUCUUCAAAGAGUAAAUUAACAGUACACAAACGCUUUCAUACUGGAGAGAAACCAUUUCACUGUGAUAUUUGUGGUAAAUCAUUCUCUAUUAGUAGUCACUUAACUACACACAAAUAUAUUCAUACAGGAGUGAAGCCAUAUCACUGUGAUAUCUGUGGUAAAUCAUUCUCUGUAGGAAGUAGCCUAAAUACUCACAAACGACUUCAUACAGGAGAAAAGCCGUAUCACUGUGAUAUCUGUGGGAAAACAUUAUCUGAUCAAGGUAACUUAGCUAGUCACAAACGUACUCAUACAGGAGAGAAACGAUACCUUUGUGAUAUUUGUGGUAAAUCAUUCUCUUACAGUAGAUGUUUAAUUGUUCACAAACGCAAUCACACUGGAGAAAAGCCAUAUCACUGUGAAAUCUGUGGUAAAUCAUUUGCUACCACACGUACAGUAACUGUUCACCAACACAUUCAUACAGGAGAUAAGUCAUAUUCAUGUGAUAUCUGCGGUAAGUCAUUUCUUCGUAGAGAAUCAUUACCUAUUCACAAACGUGUGCAUACAGGUGAGAAGCCAUAUCGCUGUGAUAUCUGUGGUAAAUCAUUCUCAGGAUUAACUAACUUAACUCUUCACAAACGCAGUCAUACAGGGGAGAAACCAUAUAUCUGCGAUACCUGUGGUAAAUCAUUCACUACAACAAGUUACUUAACUAAACACAAAUACAUUCACACACGAGAUGUGCCAUAUCACUGUGACAUCUGUGGUGAAUCAUUUUCUCAAAAGCGCUAUUUCACUGCCCAUGCAUCAAUUCAUACAGAAAAAUAACUGUGUC